AUGGCGGCUUCCACGAGAAAAUUGGCCACCUUCGCCACAGGGUCCACUCCCAGACUGGUCGCUGCCCGCAGUGUCAGGGUGUCCUCGAGCUCAGAACCUACUUUGAGGCCGUCACGCACCUCAGUAAAUCUAGCGUGCUCAGGUAGGGACGCACGCGGCACUGCAUCAGGGCCUCGCAGGCUGCUUCAAACCCACUCCCCUUCGGCAGCCCCUUUGCUGCCCCUGACCUUUGCACCAAGCAAUGUCCACAAAGACGAUCCGCCAUUCUUCACAUCUCCACAGCACUCUCCUGCGGGUCCGAUCAGUCCGGAGGAGUACCGACUACGAUUGGGCAGGGCACUCGACCUCUUACGCGCUACUUUGCCAGACUUAUUGCGCAUAGGCAUAGCAGACUACGACCACUCGAGCGCGAGUCAAGCGGAAAGAUCAGCAGCUUUGGGUCCCGUCUUUAGCAACAAUAUUCAAUUCCGCUUCUUGCCUUCGCCCGAGCAUGACGACGAGCCAGGCUCCGCCGCAGAUGCAGCAGCAGCUGCUGCGAACCUCGGUUUCAGCGGUAGAGGGCUGUACUUGGCCAGCGCGCAUGUUCUUCGACACGCUCUAAGCGCAAUCUUCGCCGAGGGCAGAGUUGAUCUGGAGCGAAUCAAGCUGGUGGAUGGAAGCGGAAAACCUUGCUCGGCUGCCAUGGCAAGUCUGCCGGCAGCAGUCGCUCAGCACGAGUCGAGCUCGAACGCCACAAAGCAAGCGUCCACCAGUAAGCAUGCUAUUCUGGCGCGGAUCACUUACUCUGGCAAACUCAGGGUCACUGGACAACCGCAAUCGUACACGCUUCGGUUCCGCUACGAGUUUGAUCAUCUGGGUCAAAUCAGCUUGCACGUGGUUGAACGCAUCGAGCCCGCUGUUGGCCGAAAGGUGAGUAGGGCAGGCAGCCCGCUUCGGCGCAAUCGCGCACGGUACACGACAGGGUCGCUCGCAGGGCGACGCGGCGUGCUGAUAGUGCUGCUUUCUUCUUUACAGCUGUGGGCAGGUCUGACUCACGCAUUCAUGCGGUUAGCCGGCUUAGCACCGCCCAACCCUCAUCCAGUGCCCUCGCACAUCGUGUCACGGCAUCCAAGGACUUUCCUGCAACGUGCGGCCGGAAGUCUUCGCAGUCCUGACGAGCGCCGGAUGAUGCACACCUCAGCUCCUCGACUAGAUGUAGGAGGUGACUCGCAGUACAAGGUCGGUCAGAUCGAGAGGAAGCUCGCCUUGUCUUUUACGUGCACCGUCCCCGACUGUGGACAUAGGAGUGCGCACGAAUUCACGGCCAGAGCAUAUCAAAAGGGCAUUGUGAUCGUCGAGUGUCCGGGAUGCAAAAAUAGGUGGGCUACUUAGGCCGUUUCGUAUGAGAAUUUUGGAUUGGCAGCUCACUCUGAACUUGCUCAUGAUGGCGCAGGCAUCUCAUUGCGGACCAUCUUGGCUGGUUCAAAGAUUCAAACGAGGCGCGGACCGUGGAAGAGAUGGUACGUGCUCACGGCGGGCGGGUACGUACAGGCACGAAGGCCUCGGAUGGACAGGGAGGUACUACUAUCGAGAUCGAAUCGGACGAGGGCUCGGGAGAAGGGGCGGGUGAGGGUGCGAACGUGGUUGAUGAUGUGUCUAACCAGAAACCAAAACUUUGAUUAAGCGCACGAUUUUUUGUGGAAAACUUACGAGUGCGCCACUCAAGACUGUAACAUAGUAGUGGUACGACACCUUUACCAUUCUGAAUUGAAACCGCAGACCGGCUUGUUGCUGGAGGGCAGCUGCGGAUGUGCUGAAGCUCUUGAUGGGCCACAGUGAUUCAGAUCGUGACUGUUGAACAUGAUGGACGCGCUCUUGCUGGCCAUCAAAGCAUGGCUUUGGUGUAGUCACGAGCGGUGCGCAUUGCGCGACAAUGCAGAUGCUGUGAGCUUGAUGAUGACCGCGCGGUCAGAUCACUCUCGACUCGCGGCGGCCGCAAGAAAGCACAGACGGGGGCUGCGCGCGAUCCACUCAUCAUUUUGGCUGAAGCGUAAUCUUCGCAUGCGUUGGGCUCUCACGGUGACUGACCAUUUGCCUAAUAGCCCUUCACGUCUGAGAACCUCAAUAGUCUCGUCUACCAUACAUCUCUACCCAGCUACUCAAUCGCCCAUCUAGUCCCCUGCAUUGCCUUCUUCAACAUCGCUCCUGAUUACCCAUCCAGCUUCGCACCCACAUUUGAACGCUCGUCUGUGCUCGCUUCGCGCCACUGGCAGGCCGAAAGCUCCGCUUUUCUGACAUGAGUUCUCGCAGCUCGCAGGGCAUUGCUGCCCUGCUAGACAAGGUGGGCCAAAAGAUGUUUUCUUCUUGAGCACGGACUGCACCGGCUGAAUCGGCCCACCUCUCUGAUAGUCAAAAUCCAGCGAUGCCGACUUUCGGUGAGGUGGCAGCGCUAACUCAGACUAGUCGCACAGAGUCGGACUGAUGUGCUCUCUGCUCGGUCUCUCGCAGUUAUAUGGCGCUAUCGGACCUUAUCACUGAGUUGAAAAGGGAUGCCUUCUUGCAGAUGGAUUCUACGCUGGAGUCAAAGACGGUCACGACUACGCUUGAUCUAAUGAAGGACAAGAAUGCAGAGGUUAAGAACAUGGCCGUGAGGUGGUGAGUGUAUGCGGGCGAUGCCGGCCGAGGCUGAGUGAGGUAGCGGCUUGGUGCUUACUCCUCCUCAUCCGUAUUCGUCUUGCAGUCUCGGCGUUCUCACAAGUCGCGUGAAGCCAGCGCAAAUUCAGAUCAUUGUUGAUAGGCUGGUGGAGUACAUUUCAGCCAAGGAGGAGGAGCAACGCGAUAUAGCUGCGCUUGGUGAGCAUCAUAUCUGGGGCGCUUUCGAUCUAGAUGGAUAUCGAGAGGCUGAUCGUGAUUGUCGCAAUGCAAAGGCCUCAAAACUGUGUUGGCGGAGCUGCCUGCAGACUCCGAGACUGCCGCAAUCGCAGGCUCGAAGCUGGCGCCCAAGUUGCUCCACCAGAUUGCUGAGGUGAGUCAAUCACCCUUCUUGGAGUGUGUGUGUGCCGAAGGUCAGAUGGCUGACAUGCUGAUCUCUGGCAAUGGCAUAUCUGCAGCCCUCGGCUUCUCAAGAGCUUCUGAUUGACAGUACAGAGCUGCUCGGAGACCUUUUCACCAGACUGCCAAGCAUCGCAGCUUCAGAUGCGACGUUGCAGCAGCGGGCGCUCCAAGUGCUUGUCACACGUUUGUCUCACGAUCGAGCGGCGGUUCGCAAACGAGCGGUGACUGCCUUGUCGGCGUUGGGCGCCCACAGCAAAUCAGAGGUCUUCACCGGCAUAGCGACCGCCAUCAUCACUGUCCUCGACACGACGCAGGGCCUGAGCAAAGCUCAACUGACGGAAAGCAAGAAGACAAGGGUACAGCUCAUUGGCAGUCUCGCCAAGACUUGCCCCAAACGCAUCGGCAGAAGACUUCCAGAGCUCAUGCCGCGCGUCACUGCGGCUACGCAAGUCGAUGAUGAUGAGCUGCGCGAAGCUUGUUUGCAGUGCAUGGAAUCCGUCCUUCAGCAGUGUCCCUCGGAAAGCACGCCGUUCGUUCGGGGCAUCAUUGAUGAAGCCUUGAAGCUGCUGCAGCAUGAUCCGGUAUGUAGUCCCACGGUCGCUCGAAUGGGUGAAGUGCACGCCCCUCACAUCCGAAAUUGGAUACACCACAGAAUUAUGCUGGACUUGAUGGAGAUGAUGGGGACAUGGACGUCGAUGAAGACGAGACGUUCGACGACGAUGACGAAGUCCUCGACGAAGAGUGAGUCCUGUUCGUGUACUCGCUGUUGCUUCACCAGCUGAUACUCUGACGCCAACGUGCUUUGUAGUUACUCUGAUGACGACGAUCUAUCGUGGAAGGCUCGUCGUGCUUCGGCUAAGGUCUUAGCAGCUGCGAUCACGACGCGACCCGAGCAACUCACCGACUUCGCCAGCUCAAUUGCACCCGCGCUCGUGGCCCGAUUUGCGGAGCGUGAAGAAGGCGUUAGGCUAGAGAUCCUGCAAACUUUCAAAACGCUGCUGCGUCAGCUGCAACUGCACGAUGGGACUGCUCAGGCUACCGAGGUGCUUGUGCAGAGUCCGGGAGCGUUGAAGCGCAAGAGAGACGCAAUGGAGACGGAUGAGAGCCACGCUUUGCAGUGAGUCUCCUUGUUUUUGAAUAUGCCCCAUCCAGCCCCUCACUGAAGUAGCCGCGCCUUGCACGUCUAGCCCGCGGUCGCAGCUGCGCAAGCUUGAGCCUGCGAUUGCCAAAGCCAUGUCGAAGGAGAUCAAUUCAAAGUCGGUGUCCACUCGUUUUGCAUGCUACGCUCUGCUUCGAGAGCUCGUCCUGGUCCUGCAAGGCGGACUUGACGCCCAUCUGUCGUCGCUCAUUGAGCCCACUGAGAAGGCGCUGAAGGGCACAGAGUACACGGCCGGCAGCGCUGCUAACCUGAGAGGAGAGGUCCUUGGCUUCUUCCGUCUCGUGUUUCAGUGGCACGAGUCUCGAGCUUUCGAGGCAUCCCUACCUCGCGUCGUGCCUGUCGUCAUUUCUGCAAUCGAGGACAAGAUCCAGCGAGACGUUGUAGAGGCAUUUGCCGUCGUCAGACAGCUAGCUGCAGUACUACGGCCGGACGGCUCAGCCCCCUCCGGCUCGUCAGGUAAGGCUCUCGAGCCUCUGGCGAAUGCGGUCCUCACUCGGCUUUCUCGAGCCGAUUCGGAUCAAGAGAUCAGAGAUCGUGGAAUCGAGACAAUCGGCGACCUCGUUGCGAAAGCAGGGGACGAUCUCGCAGAUCUUCGUACAGCAGCAUUUGCGCAGCUCUUGCAGGGUCUACAAAAUGAGCUCACACGGUACUCCUCCGUCAAGGCGGUAGGGCAAGUCGCCUCAAGACCUGGUGCCACGGGAACUCAAGUGGAAUCAUUUGUGUCAGCAGCCAUCAAUGAAGUCGUGCCCCUCCUACGCAAGCCAAAUCUUGCUCUCAAUCUGGCUGCAUUCGACACCUUAGCAGCGUUGUUGCGCAAGUCCGACGGUAGGCUAGACGGACCCCGUCAACAAGAGAUUGUGAGGGAAGUCACGCCCAUUGUCGGAGAGUCAGCGGACUUCAACUUGCUGCCCGUCGCUCUCGCAGUCGUCAGCUUGGUGGUGGCUCACAGCAACGACUCUGCAACUCAGGGGGUGGUGGACAGCGAGCUCAUCCCGGCACUUCUCCACUCAGUCCGCUCUCCAUUGAUGCAAGGCGCGCCCCUCGAGGCCGUCACAAGCUUCUUGGGGACUUACACUCGCGCCAAUCCUCAAGUCGCUGCUUCAACGAUCCAAGCUUUGUUGGCCGCUCGUACGACAAGCAAGAAAGCGGACGUGGCUCAAAAUCAGACGACGACGACGAUCGCUCGCUGCGUCGGCGCUGUCACUCGCUACGCGCCCGAGCAGGCAUCAGCGGUCGUCCAAUCCGCUCGAAGUGCGUUGUCCUCGGAUCAACCUUCUUCGAGGGAGUCUGAGCUUUGCUUCAGUUUGCGCCUGAUUGGCGAGGUUGGCCGUUCAAAGGAUCUCUCGGGCGACGCAUCCCUUCUCGAGCUGAUUACAAGCUUUUACGUGCAUCAAUCCGACGACGUCAAGGCUGCCGCUGCGCUUACCAUUGGCAGUCUUGCCUUGGCCAAUCCUGAGACGCUGCUACCAAGCAUUUUGCAGCAGAUCAGCGCUACUUCCGACAGCAAGCGUCAGCUUUUGGCUUUGCAGUCUUUGCGAGAGCUUAUCACGCACGCUGACCGAGGCUCCCUUGCCGGAAGUCUCGGUCGAGUGUGGACGCCGUUGCUUGAGCAGUCUCAGUCAACAGACGAAGCAACGCGGAACAUCAUCUCGGAAUGUCUGGCGCGCUUGACCCUCACCGAUCCUCGCGCCUACCUGCCGCAACUUCAUGCCCGCAUCCAUGAUCCCAACCCAGGAGUGCGAGCUUCGUCAAUCGCGGCUAUUCGCUACACUCUGCUCGAGGCGAGUGCCACUUUCGACGAGCAGCUGGCGUCAACCUUGGUCGACUUCCUGGGUCUCAUGCAAGAUGAGAGCCUCGAGGUCCGCCGGCAUGCGGUGUUUGCUCUCAACUCUGCAGCACACAACAAGCCCGCGCUCAUUUCUGACCAGUUGGUGGUGCUGCUACCUUUGCUGUACAAGGAGACCUUCCCAAGGCCCGAACUUUUGCGCAAAGUGACGAUGGGUCCUUUUAUUGUCACCCACGACGAUGGCUUAGACCUGCGAAAGGUCAGUCCAAACAGCGAAAGAUGGCCCACCUUGCCCAAUCACUGAGCCGCAAAUCUUCCGUCUCUCACCUGCAGACUGCAUACGAGACCAUGCUGACGCUGCUGGAUACUAGCUUUGCUAGGAUAAGCUUGCCCGAAUGUGAGUCUUUCCUCGGUGUACGCUAGGGCAUGAAGGGCUCAUAUCUUGAGUCAUACGUUUUCAGACAUGGAUCGCGUCAUUGCCGGUCUCAGUGACGAGGACGGUAUCAAAGUGCUCUGCUACUUGAUUUUGAUCCGCCUUUCUGAUGUGGCUCGCCUGCAGCUCUCUCCAUGUGCGUGUAAGGCUCGGCACUGACAGAUGCGCGGGAUUGCAAGCUGACCUCAAAAAGCGUGAUCUUCGUGAACAGACUUGGAUGCGAUCGCAACGCCAAUCACAUCCACGCUCAAGCUGAAGCCUAAAGAUGCAGCAUCCAAGCAAGACAUUGAGCGCGCCGGUGAAAUGCAAAGGUCCAUCUUCCGAGCGCUCAUCGCGCUCGAAAGAGUUCCAGCGGCUUCGCACGCUGCCAAAUUUGCUGCACUCAUCAAAGAGGCGAAAGCGGUGCCGCACGGUGCUUACGAGGCGGCUGCCAGCGCGAGUCGCAAGACUACAGCAUAG